CCAGCUCGCCUACGGCCUACGUCUAGCCGUUGCUCUAGCCGUGAUUUUUCGUUAUGAUGGCGUCGCACAACAGUGUGCUACGCGAGCUGUGAACGUUGCAUUCGGAGCGGCCGAGAGAUCUGCAAAAAUGGGAAAAGGUUUCAAUAAUUACAUGUGCAAGAAGCCCUUCCAUCCUGCUUCGAGAGACAACAUCAAGCGGGCAUGGAUGGCGGAACAGAGAACCGAGAACGAGAAAAAAAAGCAAGAGGAGCUCAAAAUGCAGUACGAAAAGGAGCAGGAUUUGUACAAAAACAGAUCCUUGGUCAGUAAAGAGAGCAAAGAAAAGCUUGCGCUCAACUUUAUGUACGAGGCUCCCCCUGGCGCCAAAAGAGAACACCAGAAGGAGGAUGACGAACCAGAGUUUAGGUUCGAGUGGCAGCGCAAGUACAAUGCUCCACGGGAGGAUUUUGCGAAGGGCAAUAGCGAGAUCAGGGACCAGCCCUUCGGGAUCCCGGUGAGGAACGUGCGCUGCAUCAAGUGCCACAAGUGGGGCCACAUCAACACCGACAGGGAGUGCCCCAUGUUCAAUCAGGCAGGCACGUCUGCAUCUUCGGGGGUGUCCAUGGACCCAUUGGAGCUGAUGAAACAGAUGAGAGACGACGGCCUUCAGCUCAAACCGAACGCUCUUGGCCACCGGUUCAAUUCUAACCAGGCAAACCAGCUUUUCAUCGCCAGCGACGAAGAGGAUGCCAACGACCCAGAGGUUGCGUUCCUCAAAUCACUCUCGGGUAAACAGAAGAAGAAACUUCUGAUGAAGCUGAACAAGCUGGCCAAGAAACAGGAGGUCAAGCCUGACAAGAAGAAGAGGAGCAAAGACAAAAAAAAGGCGAAGAAGAAGAAGAAACAUGGCAGCAAGAAGGGGAGCUCGAGCAGCGACAGCUCCGACUCGGAUGUGGCAAAACGAAGGAAAGAUCGUAAAAAGAAGAAGCACGGCGGCAGCUCCUCCAAGAAGAAGUCCUUGAAAAAGGGCUCGAGCGUAGAGAGCAGCGGGUCGAGCAGCAGUUCGGACGAAUCAAGCAGUUCGAGCAACACAAGCAGCCCCUCCUCCUCCUCGGGAAGCGACAAGGAGCGUCCACGCAAACGGAAGCAUUCCGAGGAGCCUGCAAUGGCUGCUGCAGCUGCUGCAAUUGCUGAACAUUCAUCAUCCAAGAAGGCCAAGCACAGCCGCAAAAAGAAGGACUCGAAGAAGGACAAGCACCGUCACGGCAAGAAGCGUUCUACCUCGAGCGACUCCGAGGACAGCUCCACGGCUGAGAAGCACCACAAAAAAAGGAAGAAGCACAAGUCAAAGGACAAGAAGCACAAGUCAUUCAGCAAAGAGAAGACUACCAUAAAGACUGCAGGCCUCUUUGAGGACUCCCUCAAGGAGCUACUUCCGAGGGCGGGAGUGACGCUGGUGCCAGACUCCGCGAAAGAAGCAGUCCUGAAGACCACUGCCCUCUUUGCCGAUCCCCUCAAGGACCUGCUCCCCAAGGUGGGGGGAUCACUUUCAGAUGACCUGAUGAAAGAUGUUUUGCCCAAGGGAGGAGGGUCACGCUUCAAGGACACCAUGAAGGAAAUAACAGUUUCCAAAUCAUCACUCCUAUCAGAUUCCUUGAAAGACUUGAAAGAACUUCUCCCAAAGACCAAAGGGUCCCUUUUUGAUGAUCCUAUGAAGGACUUAUUCCCAAAGACUAAAAUUUCACUCUUUGAUGACCCUAUGGAAGACCUGCCCCCUAAGACUAAAGGACCUCUUUUCGACGAUCCCAUGAAGGACUUGCUCCCGAAAUCGAAGGGGUCUCUCUUUGAUGACCCUAUGAAAGAUCUGCUACCGAAGAUGAAAAGCUCUCUUUACGAUGAUCCCAUGGAUGACCUGGACAUGAUUCCAAAGACAAAAGGAUCUCUCUUUGACAACCCCAUGAAGGACCUACUUCCAAAGCUCAAAGGGUCUUUAUUCAAUGACCCAAUGAAGGACCUACUUCCAAAACCAAAAGGGUCGCUGUUCGACGACUCCAUGAAGGAUCUGCUACCGAAAACAGGACCAUCACUGUUUGAUGAACCCAUGAAGGACUUUCUUCCAAAAACUGGAGGUUUGCUUUUCAAGGACCCCAUGAAAGACUUGCUCCCGGAGAUGGACAUGUCCAACGAUGAAGCUCGCAAGUCACCCACACCUCCGGCCAAAAAGGAGGGCGCAAAAACCAAGCUGAUCGACUUUGACAUCAACCUUGAGGCUCUUGAUCAGGAACAUGGUUUUGGUGGCAACAAGGCUGCAUCCAAGCCCAGCCAGCUGAUCCAGUUUGAUAUAGACUUCGAGCAGAUAGAGGCCAACCAUGGAUUGGGCAAGAAGGAGAAGUACAGCCCAUCUUCACCCACAUCAGUGCAGAAGAGAAAUCAGGAGAGCGCUCAGUCAGACAGCGAAGGGGACAAGAUUGGAGCGUUUCUGAGAAACCCGUCGCCACCACCAUGCAAGGGAAAUGUGAAGGCCAGCCCCGGACAGUAGAUACAAAGCAGUCCAAAGGCACCUGAACUUGUUUUAGUCUUAAGUUUUGUAACAUUUUUUUCUGUGGCUCCUUGGAAGAUCAUGUCCGAUUGUAUGCAAUGUCCCUUGUGUGCAUUGUAGGCGUCUGGUGCCCAACAUUGGCAAACAUUUGUGUGACGGUGCACGGUUUGGUUGACCUGGUAUACGAAGGCAUUCUUGUAUGCAUUGUAUAUACCGCAAUUUCCAAAAUCGUUAUCAGUGUACCUGCAUAUUGAAAUCCUGUAUUUUUCCUGAUCACUUUAGCGAGGAACAGAGCGAAAAGCACAGCUUGCAUGUCGGCACGACCAUUGUGCUUAAUUUGUUUUGUUGAAGGGAAUGUUAAAAAGCUAGUCUUUACAGAUCACUUUUUUUGUAUCCUUUCCUCAUUGCUCUCUUAUAUGGGAGGACAGGGCUUGUCUAUGCAUUGUCUUUAGAACCAAGCGAUCUUAUUGGCAAGCAAAAUUUGUUUCUACUAUUACGGUGCCCAAUUUUGACACAUUGAGCAGCAAGCAAACUUAACACGAUUCAUUUGAAAUUUCACUUUCCUUUCAGUCUGUUUGUUUGGUAUACAUCUCCCUUUUUGUGUGAGGGUGUCUUUUUUUUUGUAUACAUCUCCCUUUUUUGUGUGUAAGGGUCGUCACCAUUCACAGCUAAGUUGUUUAUGCAUUGUUUGCACUUUUUUUUUUAAGUUGUCAGUGAUCGGUUGCACUUUUUGUUACUUGGGCCGAAAGGGAUUAGGAAGUUUUAGUGGAUCGUUCCGGUAAUUCCGAUAACUAUACCCGAUAAUUCGACGACACCUCUGCGAAUGCAUGGUAUCGUUAUCAGGUAUUGUUACGAGAAGUAUGGGAACGACCAACUAAAACCCCCCUAUGUUUUGUUAUUUGGGGAAAGGGGGAGGGGCUGAGGGGAAGAUAUCUGCUUAGCAAGUGUUCUGUAACCUUGUGCAAAUGCAGAAACCCGUGUUACUGCGUUGUCUGGAUUUAAUAAAAUUGUGGACCCUCCAAAA